UCUAUUCCGGCUCAGUUCAUAAAAAGGAUGCAGAGAAAGCUGCUUGCAAGAUAAGUCCACAUCAGGAAAUAAAGAACCAGCGUCUUAUUUAAUUUAUAUAUAGGAGGCUCAAAAUGUGGAAACAAUGUCAAAACAUUAAGACUUCCUAAAACCAAAAAUAUACACGAUAAAUCAAUUGUUAGAGUAUGUUCAUGGUAUUAAUGAGGACAUAAGCAUCAGGCAUUUUUUCAGGUCACCACAGUUAACCUUGCGUGUGCCUGUCUGUGUUUAUCAACGUUAAUGACGUGAUGUCUUUCUGGGCUGACAUGUUGGUGAAGAAGAAGGUCGGAAGCUUUGACAGGCAGUGAGAGCACAUCUCAGUUAGACAGCAGAGCGGCUCAGAGCACAGCAACCACCGGACCGUGAUGGAGUCCUGCGUCAAGGGUACGCUGUGGAUGAUACUUGCCCUCUUCACUCUGCCUCUCUUUGAUUGCAACACGUUUUGCCCUAGAGGCUGUUUGUGCCAAUCUCAUGGUCACUUUUUGUGCAGUGACCGUGAUGGCAGAGAUUUGCUGCAGCAGCUGACUGUCGAUACAUACACUCUGCUGCUUGACAAGGGCAAUAUGAGUGUCCUCAGUGAGAAGAGUCUGGAAAAUAAAACUCUCCUGUUGCGCCUUGGGCUGACCAACAGCCACCUUCACACCAUCCAUCCCUUGGGCUUUCAUGCAGCUCCUCAGCUCAAGUCCAUCAAGCUGACAAACAAUGAUCUGUCUACUCUUCCUGCUCGGGUGUUCAGUCCUCUCUCUGUGGUCGAGGAGAUUUACUUAGAUGGAAACCAGCUUGAGAUCAUUGGUCCUGAUAUGUUUGAGGGCCUGGGCGGGUUGCUGGUUCUGGAUCUGAGCCGCAAUAAGAUUAGAGAUCUUCCUCCAGACAUGUUUGACGGACUAAGCAACCUCCUUCUUCUCAACCUUGGCAGGAACAACAUAAAGAAACUAUCGCCAACAAUUUUCCACACCCUGACUAAACUUCAGCGACUCAGGAUAUACUACAAUGAGUUGGAAGUGUUGGAACCGGGGAUUUUUGAUCGGCUCAAGAGCCUCAUUGUUCUGAAUCUCCAUCACAACCAGAUCAAAAGACUUCCACCUGGCAUUUUUUGGUCACUGGAGAAAAUGACAGAGCUCACCCUGUCCUACAACCAGCUGGAGGGUGUCCCACACAAGAGCUUCUACAACAUGCCAAAACUUAAAAAACUUACAAUUUACAGCAAUCCGCUGUUAUCUUUGCCAGACGAACUGAUGGGCCACAUGCCGUACAUUACACAAUUUUAUUUGUAUGAAACAAACCUCGUCACGGUUCCUGGAAACCUGUUUGCCAACAUGUCGGGACUGCUGGAGUUGAACUUGCAUGUAAAUGAGAAGUUGAGGUACUUACCACCAGAUCUCUUCUGCUGUCUUCCCAACCUUGUAAAGCUCUCCCUGAGAAACAACAGUCUUCGGGAUCUUCCUCCCAACCUUUUUUCCAAGCUAACCACACUGCAAAUACUCCUCCUCAACCAAAAUAAAUUGAGGACCCUACCAGAGAACAUUUUUCAGGACCUCACAUCACUUGUUACCAUCGAUUUGAGAAGCAACAGACUAAAUACACUUCCUGGAGAUAUUUUCUUGUCAAAUACAGCCUUAACAGCUGUUACCCUGAGUGACAACCCCUGGAGAUGUGAUUGUGCUAUAAGAGAAUUUUUAAGGUGGAUCAGAAAGAAUGAUAACAUUGUUCUUGACAAAGAUGAUGUGAUAUGUCACAGUCCAUUUUAUAAGUUGCUGCGAGGUCUCCACAGGCUGCCUGAUGACGAAUUCAGCUUUUGUGAUGAGAAAACAACGGAAAGUUUAUUUCUGACACAAACUGUCUCAUAUGAACCCACCCAAACAACAUAUUCCACUUCUGUCACUCCAACUACGGAAUCAACCACCUCAGAAACCACAACAUACUCAGCGAUGGUUUAUACCUCCAGCUCCAUUCAGGCUGAUGUAAUUCCCAUUGUCUCACCUGUUUUUCAUGAGAUAUUGGUGGUUGAACAGGGGCCUGAGUAUGUUCACCACAACAUCCACAAACGCUGGGUGUAUGUGUGGUUUCUGCCAUCCAGUUCGGCUUCGGUUGGAUCCAUAAUGUUUUGUUAUGUCCUUCUUUUAGUCGUGGGUUUAGUGCUCAUUCUCGCUGCCAUGUAUGGCAUGCAUCAUCUCGGCACAGCCAUGGACAAGAUAAGUGCUGAGUGUGCACAAAAUGAGGAGGACACCAUGUUAUCAGACUUGGUGCACGCUACUCCGAAGCUACAGAAACUGUUUAUCUCCCACAACAGACUGAUGUCUCUACCACAGGGGAUCUUUUGUAAUUUGCCUCUCCUCUUCCAAAUUUCCCUGUAUGAAAACAUGCUGAAUAGUCUGGGUCCAGGGAUCUUUGGGCCAAUGGUCCUGCAGGAGCUGUGGUUGUAUGACAACAAACUAAGCCGUGUGGACGAUGACACAUUCAGGAACCUGACUCACUUACGUCUUCUGGUUCUCAGUCGCAACCAGAUCAGCUAUGUGUCUGAAGGUGCCUUUAGAGGUUUGACACAACUCGGGGAGGUCUCCCUGCACUCCAAUCGACUCACAAGCCUUCAAGCCAGAACUUUUGAAGAACUGCCCAGUCUGGUCAACAUAUCUUUGGAGCACAAUUUCAUCACCUCCCUUCCAUCGGAUUUUCUGAAGCACCUGAACGACCUGGGAGAGAUAGACCUGCGGAACAACUCGCUUCCUAACUUGCCCCAGCACAAUCUAGAUUCACUUGCUAAAGCAAAGAAUGUCCUUUUACAGCAGAACCCCUGGAGGUGUGACAAGAAUAUUUUGCCUCUGAGGAACUGGCUCAAACUGUACCCAUCCAAGGUCAACCAAACCCUUGUGGUGUGUGAGACUCCUUUGAAUCUGCAGGGUGAGAUAAUAGCAAUGCUUGCAGAUGAGGAUCUCUUGCCUGUCAGCCCUUCUAAAGACCCUGUAUCGGCCUCAACUGAGAGGACGAGACCCCAUACAGAUCUCCCCAAACAAAGCUCAACGUCAGCUGAGGAAAUGAAACUGCGCUCAUAUAUGUUUCCUUAUGGGUCCAUCCCAGUUGCAAAAGUAUUAAGAAUGUCAAGAAUGUUGACUGGAGGGAUCAUCAUUUUCCUUUUAUCUUUACUGGUUGACUUUUCCGUUACUCAACCCGGACAACAAGACAAUCAGGAAGUCUAUGGCGUGUCUGCAACAGAAAUCCCCCGCACUGUGAGACCUGGUGUGACAGAGGUCUUCUUUGUGAACAGCCGGAUUCAUACAAUACCCAGUGGAGCUUUUGCUGGAAGUCCAGAGCUUGAGAAGGUGGAGUUUAUGGAGACAGAAACAAAUACUAUCGAGCUUGGAGCCUUUGAUGGUUUGGUAAAGCUCAAAAGUGUUGAGAUAUCCACUAAUCCGUUGAGGUCAGUGCCUGUAGGUUUGUUUAAAGACAACAGCAAUCUGGAGACAAUUACUCUAAAGUUUAACAAGCUUGUUCGACUUGAGAAAGGUUUGUUUGAUGGUCUAACAAACUUGGUAGAACUACAGCUACAUGGAAAUGAAAUUGAGUUCAUUGAAGACCAGACAUUUGACGAGCUUGUCAAUCUUAACAAGCUCAAUUUGGGUAAAAACAAUCUUACUUCAGUAUCCACAAGCUGGUUCUCAAAGCUGAAAAACCUGGCUGCUAUACGGCUAUAUGAAAAUCAGCUCACCACCAUUCCUGAGGAUCUCUUCAUGGAGUUACCAAACUUAGAGGAAAUAAGUCUGCAAGGAAACAGGAUCAGUGCGCUUUCUCCAAAUUUAUUUCCACAUAAAGGAAAGCUUAUUAAAUUGAUUUUGGACAGUAAUCUUCUGACCAGUUUGCCUGAAGAAUAUUUUGUUGGCUUCCCUAAGGUUAAAUUGUUGACCCUAAGAAAUAAUCAACUGACCAGCCUGCCGCCGGUGCUUUUUGGUGAAAUGCCUAAACUGACUGAACUGAGCCUCCAACAAAACAAUCUCAGCACGCUUCCUAAGGGAAUCUUCAGCUCCUUGAAGAAAGUUAAGAAGCUGGAUCUCUCCAAAAAUCAUUUUGUGAACUUGUCUCCUGAUUACUUUGAAGGACCUGAGAAGCUCACUGAGAUUAACGUCCAAGGCAACAUGAUAAAUUCAUUGGAUGCACAACUAUUUGAAAAUCUUGAAUAUUUGACCACAAUCAAGCUAGCCAACAAUGACCUUCAGACACUUUCUGGGGAUGUUUUUGACUCUUUGACUAAACUCAAAAAACUCGACCUUAGUAACAAUCCAUGGCAAUGUGACUGCAAUCUGAUAGAUUUUUAUCACUGGAUAAAAACCAAUGCCGAUAAGCUCACACCGAAGGUGCACUGUGAGUAUCCAGAACAUCUGAAAGGACAGGAAAUCACAUUGUUAAACGAGGAUCAGUUAGUUUGCCCCACUCUCCCACCCACUACCACCACCUUACCGACCACAAUACCAACAACAGUCCAAACAACAAAACCGACAACCACUCUCACUACCACCACACUGCGCACUACAACAUCCACCACCACUUUACCCACCACCACACCCACAACAACAACCACAACUACGAUGCCAGCAACUACUCCUACUUCCACCACAGUACCAACAACUACAUCAACGACAACUGAGAGUACAGUCAUGACAACGAGCCCCACGACUAUCGCCACGACAACAGUUCCAACGACCACAACAAUGAUCACAACAACCAUGAUGACAACCACUCCAACCACAACCCCCACCUCAACAACUACACCCACAACAACUACCCCUACCACUACGACAACUGCACCCACCACCACCCUUACAACUGCCCUGACAACAACUACACCUUUAACAACUAAACAAACAACUACUAUAACAACAACAACACUCAUGACAACCACCACAUUCACAACUACACAAUCUACCAUGAUGACUACUCUACCAACCACAACUACACUUACACCUACCACCAAAGUGACCACAUCUAUACCCAGGACAGCAAAACCCACAACGACCACACUCCGGACAACCCUUCCAACAACAACCCAACCAGAGACUCCUACUACAUCAACUCCUUUUGUAAACUAUACUUGUAUUCCAGAACCAAAACUGUCCUACGUUCAUCACAUCAGUAGAAAAGUUCAAGAUUGCAAAAUGUGGACGAUGAUCUACACCUCACUGCUUGUGGUUGAGAUCACCUGCUCGCUGGUGCUGGCUAAGUUCACCAUUUCUCUUUAUCGGCUGUUGCAGCGCAGAGAAAGAAUGAACCACAGACCCAUCAAGCUCACUCACUUUUCCUACAGAAGAGAAGUGAUCCUGAAGCCUGUGCAGGAGGCAGAAACCCAUCGUCUUCUGCGAUCACUAUGAUAAUCAAUAAGCCAGCAGAGGUCAUUUGACUCAACAGAGCCUCAUUAAACCUGCUGUAACCUGCUCCUUAACUCUUUGUCCAGCUGGAGAUUAGUAGUGAUUCCUCACAAAAUUUUGAAGUGAUUGCUCCUUUAAAGGUGUCUCAAGUUGAUUUCCAAUGUUUCAUGUUUCAUGUUUAUUGCUCUCCUUUGGUUAAAAAAAAUAUUUUGAAUAUCUUGACUUUUUAUGUAUAAUAAUUUGGUGAGUUGUGGAUAAUUUCUGCUUUUUUAUUUUAUAUACUUAAUUAUCUAAUAUUAUUACCUUGUUCUUGUCAUAUUACUGUAAAUGACUGAAUUUAAAUCUGCAUUAAAUCUGCAAUGUAAAAAAAAAUCGCUUUGAUUGUCUAUAAAUUAUUUAAACAAAUAUUGGAUUUGUGGAAAUAUAAAUAUGGGAAACAAAGAUUUUGCUCCAGGGCACAUUCUUUAAACUCAAUGGUAAUGUUCUUUGAAUCUAUAGCAACACAAAUACUCAUUUCCUACGACUAUUUAAGUGGUGAUUUUCCUCUUAUUUUAUAACAGUGAUGUAAAAUUAAAUGGGAAAAUCUUGGAGUAAAAAUAUAACAUCAACAGAAUCUAUUUUUGGACAGCACUAAUAUUAUGCUGAUGUCAACACAGCCGCAUUAUAAACAGCAAGUCAUUUGUGGAGAACAUGUUCAGUGUUGGAACAGGAAAUCUGGAUAACCGCCACUAGAGGGUAGCUUUGAGUUAAAAACAGAGUCUGACUUUUCCACCUAAAACCUUCUUAUAAUGUCAAAACCUUCAUAAUGCUCCCCGUUAUAAUGGCAGGUUCUGCUUUAAAUUAACCAAUGCAGACAAGAUAUCUAAGCAGGAAGGAAAUAAAUUGUUUAUAUUUAAUGAGCUUCAAACAAGUCUGUUUGAAACAUGACAACUUGCACAAUUAUCUCUGCAGUUACGGAGCAGUUCUGAAUAAAAAGAAAAAAAAUGCUGUAAAGUUGUGCCUCCAGCUCAGAAAAGUGAUUUAAAGAGAUUGAAUUGGGCUAACAUAGAUGUGCUUUAUCAAGUGUAACUCAGUGCUUUUCUGUAAGACAAACAGAAACAGAAAGAAAUGACUCAGUUACAUCAGACGUGGGAGAUCGGAUACUGAAGAG